GAGUCGUCAGUCGCAAGUCUGUCGACUGUGGUUCCGGUAGGGUCGAUCACUAGAGCGUUGUGUUCAUGCCUUUAUGCCACUUUUAAAAAGUUAUCGCGUGUAUCGUUACGCGCCAAAUAGUUUUAAAUUCUACGCGCAUAGACUGUUUUAUUCUUUUUUUUUUCGGUAGGCAAUGAAGAAAGUUGAAUUAGCACCAAUACGCCAAUAUUUUGGGGUAAUUAAAUGAACAGUGCACGCAUUGAGAAAUAAUUAUAACUUUUUGUGAAAUGUUGUGAAGUUUUUUCUAACAUAGUUACACCGUUUACGAAAAUGGUUGAAAUAAACAGUGAAUAUUGUGUGAGAUUUUAUUUUUUGUUUGUUGCUGUUGUAUCAGUUGAUGCUGUCCAGCGCUUCAUAGAGCUUCCAACAUACACAGAGGUGAAUCCAGGAGAAGAUGCUUUGCUGAAAUGUCGGAUAUCGGACAAGAGGGGCGUUUGCUCAUGGCAAAAAGACAAUAAGCCUGUCGGUAUUUACCGCGGGAAGUACGAGUGGGCAAACGAACACAGUGCUAUCGGUGGAGACUGUUCUCUUUGGGUGCGAGCUGCUACUUUACAACUAGACGACGGACAAUGGCAAUGUCAAGUGACAGCGAGCAAUUAUGAUGUGCAGGAUGCUCUAUCUAGUCCCCCGGGAGCUCUGGCUGUUCGGGUUCCUCCUCAAACUCCGCGUAUUUUGUUCAACGGGUCUCACGUACUUCCUGGUCAGAACAUCACAGUUCCCGCGGGUUCACGAGCGACUGUCGUCUGCGAAGCAAGAUAUGGAAACCCACCGGCUUAUAUCGAGUGGUACUUAGAGAAAGAGCGGUUGACAGCUUGGAGUCAAACAAACGCCUCGGAAGUAGAACGGCCCCGGGUGUGGGCUGCAAGAUCAGUGCUGGAACUUGGUGCAACGCGUUCAGCUCAUGGAAGGCAGCUGGCUUGCAGAGCUCAUCAUCCGUCCUUCCCCUCCCCGUAUUACAAGGACUCGUAUACUAUGCUUGAUAUAACUUUUGUUCCUGUAGUUACCAUAGUAGGUUCUGAUGCCAGCAGUUUGGCCAGUCUCGAAGAAGGUUCCAGUGCUCUCACUUUAGAGUGCAGAGCUGAUGGAAAUCCAAGUCCAUACGUUUGGUGGACUAAGGAUGGCCAAGUCAUAUCUUCUAGCGGAGCAAAGUUGAUCAGAGCUCCGGUGUCACGAAAUCAGUCUGGCAUAUACGGAUGUCAAGCAAGAAACUCAUUAGGCACAUCAGACGCUGUCAAAAUUGAAAUCGAUGUGAAGUAUCCACCGCGAGUUAUAUGGGUAGGCCCGGAUACAGUAGUGGAGGCAAACCUCUUCUCACAAGUGACACUUGAGUGCAAAGCAGAAGGCAAUCCUACUCCAAGCUACCAAUGGUACCACAACCCAACUCCGUCUCUAAAUGGCCACCUAGAUGAAGGCUACCCAAUAUCCUCAACACCUCAACUACAGCUUCACAACGUGUCAUACACCCAACAUGGCCGGUACACAUGUGUUGCUAUCAAUCAGAUAGGCCUAGAAGAAAGGACCCACCAAUCCGAGGCUAUAGUCCUCAAUGUGCUAGGCCCACCAGUGGGUGCAGAGACAGGAACAGCUCACGCGUGGAGUGGGGGUGAGGCCAGGGUCCAGGCCACAGUCUGUGCUGACCCUCCCCCUAGGAGAGCCGCGUGGUUGUGGGGAAGUUUGCGGUUGGAUGUUCCUUCGGCUAUUGGCCGAUACCGGGCUAUCGAUGCUUCAAGCAUCAACGGGUGCUAUCGGUACACGCUUGUGAUAAGCAGCGUGAGCGUUUCCGACGCCAGAGUUUACGUACUACACGUCGAGAAUGAGAGAGGGUUCUCAUCGCAUGCUGUCUCGCUCACUGUACACGAUAAUUUUUCGCUAACAGAGACUGCACACGUGGCGCCGCUCAUAGUUGCUGCAUUGCUGAUUGCCGCGUUGCUCGUCAUUGUUCUCUGCCUCAUUCUACGCUGCAAAAGAAGAAGAGAAAGCGUCGAGUACAAGACUGAUGAAUUAGAUAGUGAGAAGACAGUGCUGCCAUCUGACGCGGUGUAUGGGCCGCGUCCUCCCCGCUCCGGGAGCGUCAUGGAUGACGUCACAGGCGUGGCAACCUCACGCUACUCGCCAGGCGCUCUGCAGGUUCGCCGAGCCGCCGUCGUCUUGCAGCCACCCACUACCGUGUGAUUGCACAGGUGUGACCGCACCUCACAGUUGUUAAAAUAGAAGCCGUGCAGCAUUGACGUCAUUGGAGAGAGAAGCCAAAGAAAAUGUAUAUGCGGUAUUAGACCCGCACAUACAAUAUGAAGUAUCGAUAAAUAAAUAUGGCGAACCGCCCACGUAUUUAUCACUAUCCAAGCCUCUUACUCACCAAAGAACGCACGCUUUUGAUCUGCAAGGUUUUAACGAAAUUAAUAACAAUAAACAGUUUACUUCUUUCAAGAAUCCUUCAAAAGCCAGGCAAUCUGGUAGAAGCAAAAGUAGUAUUGUUUGUGAUAGUAAUGUAGAUAUUAAAUAUGCAAGAGAUCCAUUAUUUGGUAAGACGAGGCUGAAUGAUAACGCACAAUCAAAUAUAGGCAAUGAUAUAAGAACUAGUAAAAGGUAUGGUAUAUAUGAACGCAAUUCAGGAAGAUUUAACACCCAGAAAUAUGAUACUCGAGAUUUUAUUGGAAAGAAUGAGGAAAACAGUCGUAUAAGAGGCGCAAAAAUAAAGGACAGCACUGAAAAGGAAAGGUCUUGGGAAGACGUAAAAGACAACUCCAAUAUAUACAAGAAUGUUGAAAAGGAAUUUUUGCCUCGUCCAGGAAAAGUGAAAGAAAUAGCAUCUAGAUUUGAUAAAAAUAGUGAUUGUAAUAAAAACUGCGAUGAGAAUAUGAAAAAGAAUAGACCUAAGCCUCUGCAGAGUUUUUGUGAUCAAAAAUACUUGGACCAUGUGUUUCCUGAUGCGGUAGAAAUUUAGAUUAGUGUAUGUGUGGGAUCUAAAAUAUGUACCUACUUAGGAUCUCAGUGUAAAUUAUGAAUGUAUGUGUGCAUAAAUAUAUUGUUAUUAUCUUAGGUACUUGAUUAUUCUUAAGUGCCACUCUGUCAAGUAAUUAAAAUUUAGGAAAUAAUUAUUGUGUAGGAUAAUGCAUUUAUCGAGUAAACCAUGACAAAUCAUUUAACAUAACCUAUACAAAACGCGACGCUUUUAAAAUAUACUUAUUUAUGUAUACUUAAUGUACUUUGAAAUGUAUCAUUUCCUAAAUUUCCCAGCAAAGUUUAGCUGCUAUGUAUAUAAUUUAUCUUAUACGUUUCGUAUUGUUGAAUUUUAACAGUAUUAAAUUUUUUAAUUGAA